ACAUUUGGUAUCAGAGCCUAUUUCCGGCAGAUUCCAUGGCUUCCAAAAAUUAUGUUCAGCUCUCAAUCCCUCGUUUUGAUGGUCAUCACUACAACCAUGGGAGUAUGUUGAUAGAGAAUUUUCUCCAGUCCAAAGAGUAUUGGACAGUUGUUGAAGCUGGAGUUCCAAAACCAGCGGCAAAUGCAGACGCUAAACAAAGGGCAAAAAUUGAGAAGGAAAAGUUGAAGGAUCUCAAGGCUAAGAACUAUUUGUUCCAAGCCAUAGAUCGUGCUAUCUUGGAAAUAAUUCUUAACAGGUCUACUUCCAAGACUAUUUGGGAUUCCAUGAAGAAGAAGCACCGGGGGAAUGAAAGAGCAAAGCAGCAACAAUGCAAGGCUUUGCUGGCAGAAUUUGAAAGUCUGCAGAUGCAGAUUGAACACAAUGAAAAGAAGGAUGAUUCCUCUCUAUUCAUGGCUUAUCAUUCUAAAGAAGUUAGCAAGAAGAAUGUGUGGUAUCUGAAUACUGGCUGCAGCAACCACAUGUGUAGAGACAAAUCUGCGUUUUCAAAUCUGGAUGAGUCCUUUCAAGAUAAGGUGAAAUUUGGUCAUAAUUCCACUAUUGCAGUCAAGGGAAGGGGAAAGACCAAGCUAGAAGCCUUAGCAGCCUUUAAAAAUUUCAAAGUCUUAGCUGAGAAUGAGGCUGACAGAUCUGUAAAGAUUUUGCGUACAGAUCGUGGUGGUGAGUUUAACUCAAAGGAAUUUGUAGAUUUUUGCGAGUACAAUGGUAUUAAAAGACAACUCAUAGCAGCAUAUACACUUCAGCAAAAUGGUGUAUGUGAGAGGAGGAAUUCCACAAUCAUGAAUAUGGUGCCAAGUCAGUUGUCAAAGAGUGGCUUACCUAAUGAGUUUUGGCCAAAAGCUGUUAAUUGGGGUGUUCAUAUCUUGAACAAAAGUCCCACAUCUCCACUUCCAGAUAUGAUGCCAAAAGAGGCUUGGAGUGGACGCAAACCUAUUGUUGACUACUUCAGAAUUUUUGGGUGCAUAGCAUAUGCACAUGUGCCAAAUCAGAAAAAGGCUAAAGAAAGUAUGCCUACAGCAACAGAAUUUAGUACUGGAGGAAGUCUACCAACAACAUCAGAACUAGAAUUUGGAACUAGUUUCAGACCUCAACGCAAAAAAAGAAGACUAGCAUGGUUGGAGGAUUAUGAGAUAACAGAUCUACCUCAAGAUGAUGUUCUAGUUACUCAUUUUUCUCUCUUUGCAUAUUGUGAUCCAUUGACAUAUGAAGAAGCUGUUAAAGAACAAAAGUUGCAAAAUGCCAUGGCAGAAGAAAUUGGUUCUAUUGAAAGGAACCAGACUUGGGAGUUGACAGAUCUUCCAAAAGGGCACAAGACAAUUGGUGUUAAAUGGAUCUACAAGACAAAGCUCAAAGAAAAUGGGGAGGUUGGCAAAUUCAAAGCUCGCUUAGUGGCAAAGGAUUACAAGCAAGAGUUCGGCAUUGAUUAUCAAGAAGUUUUUGCUCCAGUUGCAAGGAUGGAUACCAUCAGAAUGGUGAUUGCAUCGGCAGCACAAAACUCAUGGCCGAUCUACCAUCUUGAUGUGAAAUCGACCUUCUUGCGUGGAAAUCUGCAAGAACAGGUAUUUAUUGAUCAACCUCUUGGUUAUGUGAAAUCUAAUUUGAGCAUAAGGAACGAUCUUGGUAUGUUGGAAAAGUUUAAGCAGUCCAUGAAGCUUGAAUUUGAUAUGACAGAUCUGGUUCUAAACAUAUUUCAAAUGAAGAACUGCAAUUCUGUCACUACACCAAUUGACAAAGGUGUAAAGGUCAUAAAAGAUCCAAGAGGCAGAUUUGUGGACAACAAACUGUAUAAGCAGAUUGUUGGAAGUUUGAUGUAUCUGACAACAACAAGACCAGACAUACUACUUGGUGUAAGUCUGAUUAGCAGAUAUUUGGAGCAUCCAAAGGAGUUACACUUGCAGACUGCUAAAAGAAUUUUCAGGUAUUUAUGUGGAACUGCAGAUUCUAGACUAUUCUACAAGAAGGGUGACCAGACAGAUCGCACAGAUUUUGCAAACAAUGAUUAUGCUGGAGAUUUGGAUGACAGAAAAAACACUUCUGGGUUUGUUUUUAUGUUGGGAUUUGGGGCAAUUUCAUGGUCUUCAAAGAAACAACCCAUUGUGACUUUGUCCACAAUAGAAGCAGAGUAUGUGGCAACAACUUCUUGUGCUUGUCAAGCUAUUUGGUUGAGAAGAGUUCUAAAAGAACUUGAGAUGAAUCAACAUGAGGCCACUUCAAUUUAUUAUGAUAACAAUUCAACUAUCAAGCUUUCUAGAAAUCUAGUUCUGCAUGGGAGAAGCAAGCAUAUACGUGUGAGAUAUCAUUUCUUGCGCAACUUGGUAGGAGAUG